GCAGGUGCGGCUCAUUAAAAAGCUGUGAAAGCGGAAUAAUGGCGUCUGUCCGUCUGAAGUGAAGGCGCCAAAACUCAAAACUGCAAACAUGUCCAGCAGCAGAGUGGAAACAGCAGCGCAGAGCCCGCUGCUCUCCUCCAGCUUCUGUUUCAGUCCGCGGUCGUGUGUUUGUGCGAAGGGCUGGUCGGCGGCCAUGUGGAACGGCCUCCCCGACCCGCUGCUGGCCGGAUGCUCCGCCCCCGAGCCGUGGCUCCUCCCCGGCUGCAGCUCCGUCUACGACAGUCUGGUCAGUAACGCGUCUCCGCUCCCGUCGCCUCCUGCUGCCAGCGGCGGCCUGCGAGGAGCAGAGCGAGCCGCCGGCAACAAACCUCGCAGGUCGUCCAUCUUGGAGCGCUGCAUCCUCAAAGUGUCCACCAGCAGCGUUGCCGUGGGGACGGACGAUCAGGACAAGAGGCCUCCUCUCGGCCGCUGCUACCCCCGCCUCCCGGACCCGGCCAACACCGAGACCAACGCCGCGGUUCUGAAGCGGCGGCAGAAACAGAUCCAGUACGGAAAAAACACCAGCGGCUACCAGAACUACCUACAGCAAGUCCCCAAACACCUGAGGGAUCCGAAGCUCCACCCUUCCACUCCCAACAAGUACAGGAAGUACAGCCGGCGCUCCUGGGACAUGCAGGUGCGUCUGUGGAGGCGAGCGCUGCACCUGUGGGACCCGCCCACCGACGCCCAGCCGGACGCCGCCGCCGGCGCCGCCGGCGCUCCGGACCCGGUGGAGCAACUGCAGAGCCAGCUGGCGAAGAUGACCUCUGACCUGUGUGAGGACAGAGGAGACAAGCAGAGAGAGAAGGAGACUCCGGCAGCCUCUAAGGCCUCCUCUGUGUCUCCGCUGUCGGCCGACAUGUCGCUGGAGCUGCCGGGACCCUGGAGCGUCCCGCUGUCACCGGAACCCGACCGGUCCCAUCGGCCUCCUCGCUCCCCUCCCGGCCUCAGCUACUCCUUCAGGAGUCAGCUGACCACCGCCAACAACAUGACCGACUGGCUCCGCCUCCUGCUGGAGGCCGACCACGCCCGCGAUUUCGGCUGUGACGACCAGCAGGUCCCGAUGGUUUCUGAUCAGCUCUUAUGGAAUCCAUAUUGAUCAUCAGCGGAUCUCCAUAAUAAGCUCCGUAAACCAGCAAGGUUCAGUCGUCCGUCAACAUCUUCAACACCUUCGUCAUCACCUUGAAGGAAGCUCGAUGUGACGUCUGGACCUUUUAACGUCGUCCCCCCCCUCCCCCCCGAGCGAGUCGACGCUUCCGGUAUACGUUUUUUGUCUUUUUAAGAUCACUGAGGAUUUACUAUAACGACAGCAGGGACGCGAUUGGUCCGGGACCCCCUCGAACUGCUGAGAGGACCCGCCCUCCUCCUCUCCUUCAAGCACCCUGGAGGUGUUGAGAUUUCCCGGCUGCUCUUGAAGGCGUCGUGGCGUUGAGCAGAGGGAGGACAGCUGGGACGUUUUUGGACCGGAGCGAUAGUUUAGACACUUUGUUUGUUUUUCUGUUGAACUGCAUCCGAUGCAGCACUUCUUCUCACCUGCGUCACGUCUCUGCACCGCUGGAAAAGCUGCUCGUUUUUUGUACUUGAAGUCACUUAUUUUGUCUUUUUGAAUCUCAUUUAUUUAUUUUUUUUGCUGAACAUUUGGUCACUUUAUCGCCUGUCUGUAGGCUGUUGUUGUUGUUGUUGUUAUCUUUGGUCCACCUUCACCUUCGUACUCUGCUGUCCGUCUCCUCCUCCUCCUCUUCCUCCUCUUCCUCUUCCUCUGCACCGCCAUGUUUUUUCUAAAAAAAAAAAAAAAAAAAAAAAAAAACACACCUUGUUUAUCGGAGGGAAAAAGGCUGUCGCUUUCUGUUGUUGUGAGUUUUUUCUUUUUUUUACUUUUUUUUUUUUUGUGUUUCUCAAUUUGUCGUUUUGUGCUGCUUUGAAAGCAAAGCUGAAAGAUGUAAAAAUCAUUAAUAAAGAUGUAAAUAAAGUGUUAUAAAUUCA